AGAAUUACAUGAAUGUUUAAAAUGUGAAGUCAUUUUGAGGAAACUUUGAUUUCAGCCCCCAAAUGAGUGUAUCUCCAAUAAUAAUGAUGGUGUUGUUGCAAGGGUUGAAGCCAAUAAUGCUCAUGGUGUUGGUGCAGAUAACAUUUGUGGUGGUGAAUGUGUUGUACAAGAUGGCCAUUAAUGAUGGAAUGAGCAUGAGAGUUGCUACUGCUUAUCGCCUCAUCUUUGCUUCCGCCUUCACUCUCCCCGUUGCUCUCAUUUUUGAUACCAACAACAACAAUAAACCCAAGAUUACUCCAAGGGUGCUUCUUUUGGAAUUUCUUUGUGGAUUAUUUGGGGGAACUUUAUUUCUGAACUUUUACUUCGCGGCAUUGGCUUUGAUGCCAGCAACGUUUGUGUUGGCCAUCCUUAAUCUUUGUCCAGCUGUCACCUUCAUCAUGGCCAUAACCUCAGGUUUGGAAAAGUUGAAUUUGGGAGCAGCAGCAGGGAAGGCCAAAGUAAUAGGAACAAUAACCGGAAUCAGUGGUGCAAUGGUGUUGACGUUUUACAAAGGCAAACAAAUUGAUACAUGGUCUUCUUCUUCCCGUAUCAACCUCUUGCAUCAUGUACAUGGCCGUGAUUAUGGUAACAAAUUCUUGGGUUUUUCAUAUGCAACUGCAAGCUGCUGCUCUUUUGCAUUGUGGCUCAACAUUCAGGCUAAGUUGAAUCAAGAAUUCCCCAGGCACCACACAGGCACAGCUCUUAUGUGCACUAUGGCCGCAUUACAAUCCACUCUCUUUGCUCUCUCUCUUGAUAGGGAUUGGGCCUCCCAAUGGAAGCUUGCUUGGAAUAUCAGGCUCCUCACUGUCGCUUAUUCGGGAAUUGUGACGUCUGGAAUUGUGGUUAAUAUUAUUGCAUGGUGCGUGCAUAUGAGAGGCCCUCUAUUUUGCUCUGUUUUCAAUCCUCUGCAGCUUGUGCUUGUGGCCAUAGCUGCUUCCUUCUUGUUGAAUGAGAAUUUAUAUUUAGGAAGUGUGAUUGGAGGAGUGUUGAUAGUGAUUGGGCUAUACACAGUGCUUUGGGGGAACAGCAGAGAAACCAAACACAAGAUUCAGAUUCACACUCAGUUAUCAGAAGAAAUCACAAGAGAUCCUCUUCAAGUUAUUGUUAUGUCCCCGCAGAAACAACAACAAAACUCAUCAUCAAAUUCAGAAUUGCCCUCCUCAUAAUAAUGGGGGAAAUAAAACGCGUUACUCUUUAGUAGUAUAGGUUGUGUUUUUGUAUUCCCCUUUUAACUGGAUAAUCCUUUUACACUUUUUUUUUGGUUCAUGGUUUUGGUGUUUCAAAUAUAUUGCAACUAAUGAUCCCACUUUGAUUUCUUUGGCCAGUUCCACUAAUUUAAUUAUUGACUUUUCAAUGGUUAUAAUUUGGUAUUUUAAAUUUAAAAAAAUGCACUAAUGUAAUCUCUCGUGUAUUUUUUGUUAUCGAAGCUCAACGCUAUUGAUGACGUGGUUCAAACCUUGCUACGCUAUACACAUUAAAACAACGUUGUAUGUGUUUUGACACUAAAAAAGCCAUUGAACGAUGUCGAGGGUUAUGACAAAGAACUUAAUUAUGACAAGAUUGUUCAAAUCCUCAUAUUACGUCGUUUAAUGCAUUUUUUUAACGUCAAAAUACAUAGAUAUUGUUUUAAUAUAUUCAAUGUGAUAAGGUUUAAACUACGUCAUUAACAAUAUUGAGUUAUAGUGAUAGAAAAUAUACGAACAACUAUAUUAGUGCAUUUUUUUAAAUAUGAGGAAUCAAAUUAUCAAUUAAAAAGUAAAAAAUUAAAUUAAUGCAACUCGCUAAUCUUAAAAACCAAAGUAGGGGGUUUAAUCCAACUCUCACUCAUAGAGUCAUAGUAACUAGUAAGGAGAACAUUAUUGUACACUGUUACUCUGUAUCAGCUAGCUUGUGUAAAAAUAUAUGAGAAAUCAUGUAUUUAUAAC